AUGGGGUGCAAGGAAUCGAAACAUAGAGCUGUUGCAGAGGGAAACACAAUCAUCACCCCUAGCUCCAGCAGGAAAUCGAUGAGUCGUGGCCAGAGUUCCAGCAUCAAGAACAAUGCUGCAUCAUUACAAAGGUCGAGAAGCACGAGAUCUUCGGUCCAAAAACAAGAUAGUUUGAAGAAGAUUAACGUGGGAGAUUCAAAGGCUAGCACUGUUUUGAAACAAAAUGAAAAUGCUGGUUAUGACAAGGGUACGGUGAAUGUCAGCAGGGUGUUAGAAGGUGAAGAUAGAAGGCUGAAAGAUCUUAAUGAUCAAAUCGCGAAGAGUGAGGAGAAGGAAUUGAUGACCGGUAAGAAUGAUGUUGGUAUCGAAACAAAUGUUGAAAGGAAGGAAAAUGAAAACGUGGAAAAGGCGAAUCAAGAGAAAGAUAAAUUAGACAAUGUGGUGAUUCCUAAGGUAAAUUUAUCUUCCUCAUCAAGGAAAGAUGAUGAAGGUAUUGAGUCAGUUAUCACUGAUGGUCUAUCAGCAAGAUCGGUUUAUUUUACUCCGACAGAGGCUCACGGUCCAUUUGGUGUCAACAGAAAGACAGAUGACGAUGAGGAGGACCAGGAACUGAUAGAGGAAAAACAGGAAUCAUCCAAGCAAAAGCAAGAAUCAAAUGAAGAAAAACAGGAAUCAACCGAGGAAAAACAAGAAUCAAUUGAAGAAAUUAAGGACACAGAAUCAGCAGAGGGAGCUGCUGAAGAUAAUACCAACAGAACUGUUCAUGAGGUUGCUGAGAACGAUGCGGAUGAAGCUGAGGUUGCUGAGAAGAAUCCCAUUGAAAGUGAUGCUGCAACCCCACGGAAUCAAGAAGAAUCUGAAGUUUCUGAAAAAAUAAAAGUAGCCGAGGCUGCUGAGAAGAAUCCUAUUGAAACUGAUGCUGCGACUCCAGGGAAUCAGGAUGAAUUAGAGGUUGCUGAAAAAUUAAAAGUAGCGGAGGAUGCUAUUUCAGCUCUGGAAACUAUGGUGAAAGAAGGUGACAAAACUGAGGAUAAUGAUGAGGCUAGACAAGAUCCGGUGGAAGAAACUGAAGAAGUUCCUGUAUCAGAAGGCAAGAUUGCUGAAGCGACACUAGAAAAGCCAGUGAUAGAAGCUGAUGAUUCUGAUAUGAUUCGGCAAACAGAAGUGGAAUCUACUGAUGCAACUCAUCAAAAUCCAGAACAGGGAGCUGAUAGAUCUGAAGAAAGUCGAGAAAUAGAACCUGAGGCUACUGAUGCAACCUUAUCAUAUCCAGUGAUAGAAUCUGACAAAACUGAAGAAAGUUUGCUCAAAGAUGAAAAUGGGGUGAAAGAAAUUCAUGAAGUUGCUGACAAGGUUGAAGAAAUUCCUCCAGAAGAAGCCGAUUCUAGUGAUCCAACUGAUCAUAAAAAUCAAGAGCUGGUUUCUGAUAAAACUGAAGAUGUUCAGGGGAAAGAAGCAGAGGUUGCUGAUGGAACUCAAGAAGAUCCGGUGAAAGAAGUUGGUGUCGCUGACCAAGUUGAAAAUUUGGGGACAGAUGCCAAGGAAAUCAGCAUAAACGAAGAAAAUCCAGUGAAAAAUUUAGAGAACACGACGAAGGAUGAAGCCAAUGCAGAGGAAGAUACCGAGAAUUCCAGUACUGCUAAUGUUCAUCAAAUAUCAAGCAAAGAUCCAGAUAAUAAAUGA